UUUGUGUCAAGUCAACUUUUCAGUAGAUUGUCAAGAGGACUAAAAUCGUGUCGGUAUGCUCGACAGCCUAAAUGUACACCACGCGGUACAAAAUCACCGCCAAAUUCCACGGUCCUGAAUCGGAGCGCAUGCAGCCUAAUUCACUGUCAGACUUUUGAAUAGGAGUGUUUGACUGCUAUCUGCACAAAAAUUUGUGAAUUGUUCCUUCCGCAAAUAAAUUGCAUUAUGGCCAUUGUAGUGUCCUUCACUGCUUUUUCGUCGUGAUGGAAACUUGAAUCCUGAACAGAUCUAGAGACGUCGACAGCAGCUCAGAUCUUCAUUUGAUCCAUCGAUCUGCCGGCUGCAGGCCCUAAAGGCAAUGCAGUCGUAAAUAUGCAUUUAUUAUUGGAAGGAACAUAACCAUUGAUAAUAUGCAUGUCAGAUCUCCCGCUCGCUCAUAGAAUACCACUUUGUGUUUUUGUUCAUGUUUUAUCGCAGUGCGGAUUUCGUGCUGAUCUGUUUUUGUGUCAUCUUGCUCACCGCUGCUACUUUUACGACUUUUUAAAACAUGUUCUAUUCAUUCCAAAGUUUUGAUUCAUAGCAACUCCCGAUGGAAAGCCAGUUGAACUGCUUUGAUCGUUUUGUGCUGGAAAAGCACAGCACACGCCGGCGCGAUUCUUUUUAUUGACUUGGAUGUGUUCUGAGCGAAAACGUAUGGGGGCACUCGGAAAAUACGGUUUAUAUUAAGUAAUAACGUUGCGUACUUCAGUACUUUUAUUUCGCUUUGUAUUGUCGUAAUGAAUGCGCGAAGAUUGACCUCCUAUUGCGCAUUGUUUAUAUAUUUCUAUGACUUUGUACUAUAUGGAGCAGUCGACGAUUGCGUAUAUAGAUUUACAGCUCAAUAAUCGGUUAUCAAUGCUGAAUCUGAUGAUAAGAAGUUUACGGAAUUAAGUGACCAACAUCAAUCAAAAUAUUAUCCUUUAGGCCACGCGCGUACCGAACGCCGGGCUGCAUGCACGAGACAUAAAUGUGUUUUCAAGUGGUUGACCGAUGACUUUUAGAGCGAAUGAUAAGCGAAAUGCGUUAUAUGCGAUGAUGUUUUACAAAGAUGUUCUCGUAUCUUCGUGUUUUCCGUUUGUCUCUCGUAUGCCGAUAAACCGCUUAGUGAAUGGUGUUGUUUUAUUGUCAGAGCAUGUUGAUGGUUUUGCAUCGUUGAUCCGUUGUUGGUUAUUCUUCAUAAACCAUUGGUACGCCGAGGAAGGAAUCACCUUUGAUUAUCUGUACAGAUAGCGGAGAAUAUACAUGCACUGGUCAACUCCGCCGAUGUCGAGAAUGCGCAGUUGAAUAUGGAUCGAAAAGGAUUACCUUUUCCCAUUAUUAAUUAUUAUUAUUUUCCCGAAUGCAGUUUUAUACCAACAUGCAAAAUGAUCCUGUUCUGAAUACAGUGCUGCAUCGAAUGCCAGAUUAAUUUGAUGAAACCGCUUUAGUACUUCUGCCACAGCUUUGCAAAACUUGGAAAUAUGGAAGAGCACGAAUGCGAUGUGCCCAGCUUUUCCGACAUUGCAAAAAAAUUUACUGCUCCGGGACGUUUGUAUUAUACCCAGGGAGAAAUGGCUCAGAUCUACACCGACUGGGCAAACCACUAUCUGGAAAGGUCUUCUCGACACAAACGCCUCAUUCAGGAUUUGCAACAAGAUAUCACAGAUGGCGUUUUAUUAGCGGAUGUUAUAGAAGCUGUCACCAACGAAAAAUUACGGGACAUCAAACAAAAACCGAAGUCGGACGCCCAAAUUUUGGACAACAUCAGCGUCUGCUUGAAAUGCAUUGAUAAUCUGGGAGUGAAUACGGAAGGAUUGCAGGCGGAAGAUAUCAAGAACGGAAACCUGCGUGCCAUAUUGGGAUUAUUUUUCAGUCUUUCACGGUAUAAACAGCAGAAGAAAGCCGCUAGCCAGUUGGCGUCCGCCGCUCAGCCACACUUUCCGUCCGUUCCACCCAAUCCAGCUCACAAUCCUGUUAAUCCUGUUACGGACACCAUGCUUCCAAAGUUGCCUUCCCCCUUUAAGUCAACGAACGCUAACCGGAAUUCAACCGGAGCGAUCCCGCAGAACGUUAGUGUACCGGCUGCCGGCGGGCAGAACAGACGGAGCCUGACGAACGCGGAAAAAGAGCGGACUGCCUUUAACGGAUUCAAUUCCGGAAUUCUUCCUCCACGACAAUUUGCUCAAAAUUCCCGACCGAUAUCGCCCGGCGCAUCGGGAUCGCCGCAUUCGCUCAUUCCUGUGCCAUCCUCCAAACUUCCUUUGCCAGGUGAUAAAGGCAACCGCCAAAAUCGUUCCAGUAGCAGUAUAAAUUCCACAACAUCCUCCGUGUCAUCGGUUAGCAAAGGUCCUUUGCCGGCUGGACCCCGACUAAAUACAAAGGACACCCAGUUGAUUCCCGGCACAUUGACGCCGACCGCUUCACAAAUGGGGAAGAACUCCGUAUUUGGUUUUGGGGGUUUUUUUAAACACAAACAAGAUAAACAUGCCAGCGAAAAGGUCACAAAGGUUAGCUCGUCCGAACACAGCGACGGCAGCAGCAGCAGCGGCUUUGGUUCAGCAAAAAGUGCCGACAACAGUGAUUCUUCGGUGACCGGAAGCGAGCACAGCACUUCCAUCCCCAAUAUCCGCAGGGAAAUUCAGCUAAACGGGAAUAUGCAAAGGAGAUCAUUUACGAGACAACCACUGCCACGACGGUCAGCAGUAGUCCAAAGAUGGCUAUAAAAGCCCUGGCAAGGAAAACGUUUUCGAAAAGCCCCGGCAAAGAUUCGCCCAAAUUGUUGCGAGUGGAACACCACGAUAUGGAAGCGAAGACAAAUGUUAUUUCGAAUAUUCCGGUGAGCAAGACGAGCCCCUCGGUGGCAAUGGAUGCAGAGAAAAAGACGAGUAAAUUGGGGAACGUCCUGCUUAAGCCGGAUAGCCGGAGCUCACGCCGUGAAUUACCUCGGCUGCCGGAUGCGUCGCCUCCCGCAGUGGCGGAAGAGGACCCCCCGGCGUCCAGCGGAUCUCUUCUCAAACGCGCAAGCAAACCUCUUACAAACACAAAGACCGAGUCUGUUGUUGUACGAAAAGUCCCAACGUGUCGGGCAAAGUGACGCCUAUAACGCCGACCACUCCCACGAGUGGUAUACCCAAGCCCUCGUCGCUGAACAAAGCCACAGCUCCGGCUUCCGUUAAGACAGG